AUGUCUACCGAGAAACAAUCCCACGUCAUCGCCAUCGCAGGAGGAGCCGGCAAUCUAGGCCGAUAUCUCAUCGAGGAACUGCUGAAGGAUGAUCGGUUCUCCGUCGUCGUGUUGACUCGACAGGACCACCCCUCGACCCCAAUCUCCUCCCCCAACCUCACCUACCACCAAACCGACUACACCCUCCCCUCCCUAACCACCAUCCUCACCACCACCCGCGCCACAACCCUCAUCUCAACCCUCAACCCCCCAGAACAUCUCUACCUCCCCCUCCACAACUCCCUCCUCUCCGCCUGCCUCGCCUCCCCGCUCUGCAAACGCCUCAUCCCCUCCGACUGGGCCGGCAACGUCGAAUCCCACCCAAGCAGUCCCCGCGCGUACGGCCGCACCCGCGCCCCCUUCCGGGAGAUCCUGGCCCAGACAUCCGGGAUCACAUACACGAGUUUCAAUCUAGGGUGGUUUAUGGAUUACUUUCUCCCGCCGGAGUUCUCGUAUAUGGGGUUCUUGGAGGAUGAGUUUCCGGUUGAUCCUAGGCCCGAAGUGUGGAGGUAUGUGGUGAGGGGGAGUGGGGAGGAAGAGCAGUGUUGGACGUGUGCGAGGGAUGUGGCGAGGGCUGUGGUGCGGUUGUUGGGGGUAGAGGGGUGGGAACCUGCUACAUACAUAACCGGCCAACGGGGCACGUUCAACGAGAUGGCGAAACUCCUAGAACGGUUCUACGACCGCCCCUUCACAACCACCCACCGCUCCCUCGAAGACAUCAACCGCUCUCUCGCCAACCCAAGCAGCAAGCAUGAAUUGGCGAUUGCCGAGAUCGAGGAAUGGGGCGUAAGUGGCGCCACGGCGUGUCCUGAGGAAAAGACGCGGAGGCAGCAUGAGGAGUACUUCAAGGGGAUGGAGUUUUUGUCGGUGGAGGAGAUGUUGAAAAAGGCGAAGGUGGAGGGGAAGAUUUAG